CGGUGGUCGGCCACUGAAAAAAAAAUGUUGUGACUCAUGAAAGUCACUCAUAAUGAGUACGAUUCCCCGAUCUCUAAAUAGGGAAAUUAAAAAAAUUAGAGGUGGCAACCCUUAUUUGUUUCUGUUUUUUUUUUUAUCGUAUCUCGAGUUCUUUUAUUUUAUUUUUUUGCAUCAUGACCGGCCUUUAUAUGUUAGAUUAUGGUGCCGGCAAUGUUCGCAGUUUGGUCAAUGCCGUCAACCGCUUGGGCUAUGACAUUCAGUUUGUCAAGGAACCCGCCGACAUUCUUAAAGCUGAAAAACUGAUCUUUCCCGGUGUGGGUGCCUUUGGUCAUGCCAUGGAAGCAUUGAACAUCAAGGGGUAUGCUGAGCCACUCAAGCAAUACAUUGCUUCAGGCCGUCCUUUUAUGGGCAUUUGUGUUGGCAUGCAAACCUUGUUUGAAGGUUCCGACGAAAGUCCAAUUCCCGGUCUCGGUGUGAUUCCCGGCAUCACCAAACGAUUCAAUCAGGACAUCAAAGCCGUUCCUCACAUGGGUUGGAAUGCUGCCCAACUCGCCAAAUACCAGAUGGAAGAGGACGGUCAAAGCGUUUACUACAACAUCGAUGAUGAUUCCGUCUACUAUUUCGUUCAUUCUUUUGCCGCCCCUUACGACGAAAAGAACAAAGAAUGGGUCUUGUCAACCACCCAGUACGGCGAUGAAAUUUUCAUUAGUUCCGUGCAAAAGGGCAACGUCUUUGCUACGCAGUUCCACCCCGAAAAGAGUGGUUACGCCGGCUUGCGUGUGCUCAAAUCCUUCUUGGAUGGCACCGGCAUUGUCGAUGACAGCAAGAUCCAAUUGAAGAAUCCUCGCGAAUACUCGCAAGACCGAUUCACCAAACGUAUCAUUGCUUGCUUGGAUGUGCGUACCAACGACAAUGGUGAUUUAGUCGUCACCAAGGGCGACCAGUACGAUGUGCGUGAAAAGACGGCCGAGGGCAACGAUGUACGCAACCUUGGCAAACCCGUCGACCUUGCACGCCGAUACUUUGAAGAGGGAGCGGACGAAGUUACGUUUUUGAACAUUACCAGUUUCCGCAACUGUCCUUUAGGUGAUUUGCCCAUGUUGGAGGUUUUGAAACGUACCUCGGAAACCGUGUUUGUUCCCUUGACGAUUGGUGGCGGUAUUCGUGAUGUGGUGGAUCCCGAUGGCACCGUUCAUCCUGCUUUCGAAGUCGCCGGCGAAUACUUCCGAUCCGGAGCUGACAAGGUCUCCAUCGGCAGUGACGCCGUCUAUGCCACCGAAAAAUACCUCGCCAACGGUGGCCAAAAGGAUGGCACUUCCGCCAUUGAAACUAUUGCCAAGGCUUACGGUGCACAAGCCGUGGUGAUUUCCGUCGAUCCUCGUCGUGUGUAUGUCAAGGAUCCCAAAGAUACCACGCAUCACACCCUCAAGAUCAGCCAACCGGGUCCCAACGGCGAAGAGUACUGCUGGUACCAAUGUACCGUCAAAGGCGGUCGCGAAGGACGAGAUAUCGAUGUUCAUCAGUUGGUCACUUCAUGCCAGGCUUUGGGGGCCGGAGAAAUCUUGCUCAACUGUAUGGACCGCGACGGCACCAACUCCGGUUAUGAACUCGAAUUAUUAAACUCGGUCAAGAGCGUCGUCAGCAUUCCUGUGAUUGCUUCCAGCGGUGCAGGCAACGUGGGCCAUUUUGAACAAGUCUUUGAAGAAACCAAGGUCGAAGCCGCCUUAGCUGCUGGUAUUUUCCAUCGACGAGAAGUGCCAAUCCAAGAUGUCAAAGAUCAUUUAAACAAGGUUGGAGUAGCCGUUAGACCCAUUGAUGAUAAACUGUAAAUUCCAUACAUUGUCCCCAGUCAUUUUUUUUUACUUUUCAUCUCACAUAUUCAUCAGAUAAAAAUAUAAAGUAUACACCAGCGUAUAUAUUCACAUCUUGUUUGAAUAAAAAACAAUUAAUGUUUCCAGCAUCGCUGAUCUUGCUUGGCGGGGAUACAAAAC